AGCAGAUGACUAAAACAAGGUGCUUCUCUACAGAUCAUAAUUCCUUUGAGUGAGCCAUUUAAUUCUGCUUCAUGGAUCAUGGCUGAAAACCCCUCGGCACAUAUAAGGAAAAGAUAUGGAGAGAGUGGAUCCCCUUGGCGUAGACCCCUUUGGGGAUAGAUUAUGUCUGUGAUAUCCUUGUUUACUUUAAUCUGGUACUUAACAGUAGAGAUGCAUUUCAUGAUCAGUUUAAUCCACUCUCUGUCAAAACCCAGUCUUUCCAUCAUGUCUCUCAAGAAAGACCAUUCAACCCGAUCAUAUGCCUUGCUCAUGUCAAGUUUAAUUGCAGCAUAUCCCACUGGACCGCUCCUUUUCCUCUGCAAGAAGUGAGUUAACUCAUAUGCCAAUAGUAUAUUAUCUGAAAUGAGCCGCCCUGGCACGAAGGCACUCUGAUUUGGGGAGAUAAUAUCAGGAAGAAUUAACUUAAGUCUAUUUGUGAUUACCUUGGCCACCAGCUUAUAAACAACAUUGCAUAGACUAAUCGGUCUCAAGUCUUUCAUACUCACCGGGGUGGCAUUUUUUGGGAUUAGUACUAUGAGUGUAUCAUUCCAGCCAUCAGGCAUGUCUCCUCCCCUCAACACAUGCAGUACCUCUUUGGUGAGCUGGUCUCCAAUGGUUUGCCAGAACCUUUUGAAGAAAACCGCCAGCAUUCCAUCUAGACCCGGGGCUUUUAGGUCACCUAUACUGUACAAGGCUUUCUUGACCUCCUCUUCAGUGUAAUCUGCACAUAAGAGGUUGUUCAUUCCUUCGGUUACCUUUGGCUGUACUGUGUGAAUGAUUUCUUCAUUAUCAUUCCUUGCCUCAGAGGAGAAUAUAUUAUAGAAGUAAUCAGCGAUGUGCUCUUUCAAAGAUUCUUCCCCUUCCACCCAGUUUCCAUCAUCUUUUUAUUUUCGCUUAAUUGUGUUCCUCCUUUUCCUUUCAGAGGCAAAGGCGUGAAAGAAAGCAGUGUUCUUAUCCCCUGCCUGGAGCCAUUUUACAUGAGCUCGUUGCCUCCAGUGCAUGUCUUGUUGCUGCUCUAGACGGUCGAGUUUCUCCCUUAAGAAGUGUUCCCUAGAUACCCUAUCUUGGUUUAUAUCUUCCCUCCUUACUUCUUCCAGUUCGUGCUUCAAAACCUUGAUUCUCUUCCCAAGCUCACCCAAAACAUUCGCAUCCCAGUCUUUUAAAUCUCCCGCAACCUUGCGCAACAUGUCCUGAGUAUUGUAGCUGCCAUGGAGCCUAGCCAUUGUCCAUGCAUUGUUAACAAUCACCUCACACCCAUCCUCCUGAAGCCAUCUCGCUUCGAAUUUGAAACCAUGCACCCUUCUUUUACUGUUCUGCGUCAUUCUGGCUUCAUCCAUAUGGAUUGUCACCGACCUGUGAUCUGAAUGGUAUGGAUCUCCAUUCAGAACCUUGACGUGUGGGAAUCUUGCACACCACCCCCUUGAAGCUACAGCUCUGUCCAGUCUUUCUUUUAUGUACCGGCUAGCAUCCCAACUAUGAUUGCGCCAAGUGUAUUUGUCCCCAAAGUAGCCCAGAUCCCUAAGGCCACAAUCUGUAAGAGCUGUUCUGAAACCUUCCAUUUGAUUGUGAGUUCUAGCCGGCCCUCCUUUCUUCUCAUGGUUGUAUAGGAUUUCAUUAAAGUCGCCUGCACAUAACCAUGGAAGGUCUAGCUGCUGGUUUAGGAUGCGCAGAAGCUUCCAUGUAACUUCCCUUUUACCACUGGAUGGUUCGCCAUAUAUGCCCGUGAAGCGCCAUCUAAAACCAUCCUGCUCCACCACCUCCGCAUCAAUAUGAUAUUUUGAGUAGUUAUGCAGAAUUAGCAUUACUUCUUCCUUCCAAAGUAAAGCCAAGCCUCCACUCUGUCCUUCACAAUCUCUCACCACCAUGUUCUUCAUUCCUAACAACCACUUGAUUCUUUCCAUCCUUCUUUUAUCCAUUUUUGUUUCGGAUAGAAAGAGGACAUCGGGGUCCACCUGCUUCUGGAGAUCCAGAAGCCCUCGCAUUGCCGGGCCAUUCCCCAGACCCCGGCAGUUCCACACCGUGAUCCUCAUUUUACCCCGCGGGACUGUUCUGACAGCCCCGCUUUCAACUCAGUUUUUUGAUUUUCAGGUUUGAUCACUUCUCCACAGCCCUCCACAUUGUGUUCAUUAUCCAUUCUAUCCGCAUGUACCUCUGUUCCAGCUUCCGAGUCAACCUCCAUCUUGCACUUUUUCAGUAUCUCCGGCUCCUCAUCCAAAUCCAUAUCUGAGUGCCCUCUCUUCUUUAGUUCUGUUUCACUAGCAUCCUUCGUCGAUAUUUGUUUUAUUCUUUCUUGGCGUUUAAAGGUCCCCCGUUUAUCCUUUUUAUAACUCAGGGUCUCACUUGGCUUCCUUUUCUCUUCUUCAUAUAUGACUGAUUCAUUUUCUUUCUCCCCCUUUGCCUCCUUUUCAUUUUGGUUCACCUUCACAUCAGACAUGGCCUUCUUUCCAACCCCUUCUUCCGUUGGGAGCUUCUUUUUUCUCGCUUCCCUUCUGCUCUCGUGAGUCGUGAUGUUUUAGGGUCCACCACCAUUGGAGUUGGCCAACCAUUAUUAUUCUUCGGAUCUUGGGCACUCUUUUCCCUCAAACCCUCUUCCACAAAGAGUUUCUUUCCUCUGGCUCCUACCUCUUCCGCAUUUGCUUGCUCCUUUAGUGGGCUCAUUACUUCUUUUUCUUCUCCCUUUCUUGAAGCCCCUGUACCAUCACCCCCAGAUGAGUUCUUUUUCCAGGAGAUUGCAUCACUCCCAUCACCAUAUUAAUUACGCUGGCCUCUUGUUCGGGUUAGAGUAUGCGGGGCCAGAAUUCCAGAUCAUUCGUGCGGCCAAAUUCGUCUUGGGACCUCGAGUGUUGUGGCCUUGGGUGGUUUGGCCAACUUGGCUCGGCUGCUUGGUCGAGUCAGGCGCGGCGCGACGAAGAGUCGGAGUAGGUUCGUGCGUGUGGUGGCGCAAACUCCUUUCUACCGGUGGUGGUAUGUACCGGCGAACCAUCCACCAUUGGUCUUUCGUCGUGAUUCGUGCUGCUGGAUGGCCCACAUCUUUGUAUCCCAGUGUAUUCUAGUUUUACCCGUCGGUAUUCACCAUUAUGUCGCAUCAACAUUUGGUCCCACCGGUUUUAACUCUUUCUCUUUACCCCCGUCCCCCACCACCCACCCCAGCCGCCUCCCGUUUUGACCGCAACCCAUCUCUUUCAUCUUCUUCCUUGGAACUCCAUGAACCAUCAGCCGUCGUUUUCCCCGCCGCCGGGCAUCGUUCUGCUUGUCUGACCGGGGUUAUUUCGGCCGCCUCCUCCGCGCGCUGGUCAAGUUCUUCACGAUGACUAAUUCGGCACGCGGUCGCCGGAAAUCACUCAGCUUUCAGAGAACUAACUCUGAUGAAGGUGGUAGUCUGGACAUGAGUGAUAGUGAUGUCUCCUCUCAGUCAAAAUCAACAAGGAACAGCCGCAGAACAUCUCCAAAAAAGCUAAAGAGAGCCGCAACAUCCGAAAUUAAGCAGAGCAUCAAUUGGAGAUGUGAUCCACAAAAGAUACGUGCCUUUAUGAAAGACCUAACUCCUGAACAACUCAAAUGGAUAGAAGAAUUGGGAUUUGGAUCACUCAUCGAGAUGAUUGACUGCAAGUUACCAAGAAAGCUAACGAUAUGGCUUAUGUCAAAAGUUCACUGUGACAGCAAGUCUCUAGUAUUCAGAAACAGGAAGGUUUCUAUACUAGAAGCUGUUGAAAAUCUCCUCAAGUUACCUGCUCUUGAUAAAGAAGUUCCAAUGCCCAGGCCUGGUAGGGUUCGUGACAAGCCAUUCAGAGGUAAAACUGAAUUCAAGGCUGCUACAGCUGGGAGAGGAGAAUCACUUAACGAAGUGACAACGAGGAUGUUAACGUACAAACAGGAAGAAGACAAGGACAACUUUUGCAUAUGUUUCAUGCAAGUCAUUCUUUGUGCGUACUUAGCUCCAACAACAGGUUACCAAAUUAAUAGAAGUUACCUACUUGGAGCUUUGAAGGACUUGAGCGACAUCCCUCCUAUGAAUUGGUGUCGUUUUGCGGCUGACUACCUGAUCGAGGGAAUUCGUGAGUCAAGGCAGAACAAAGUCCACAACCUGAAUGUCGCCGGAUGCAUUCAUAUUCUACAUCUCAUAUAUGUGGAUCUACUAAAAUCAAAUUUAGUCAGCAUACCACAAGGUUACCCAAGGCUAAAAUACGUUGGCUCAGAAGUACUCAAUCAAAUAGAUCCUACUGGGAAAAAGAAGACGAAGGACCAUUGUCAGAUGUUUGAAAACUUCCUGGAUGAUGAAAAGUUAGCAAGGUUCCCACUUGCAGAAGAACCUGUUGAGGAUCUUAAUGAUACUGAAAAUUCCACACAUUCCACACCAACAGUUAGAGUGCAAUUAACUUCUUCACCUUGCCAGGACAAACAAACAGUUCCUCCAAAGUUAUUACAAACUUCAAGAAAGCGUCAGGCCGAUAAUUCGACAGAUGAGACCUUGAUCAAACGCAUAAAGAAACUUGAAGAGCACUACAGAGCUGAGCGUCAGAAGUGGUCUACUUUCUUUGAACGCAAGCUUCACAAAAAACAUCAAGAACUUGAAGUACAGAAAACCAAGGAAAUCGCAGCAUUGGUCCAGCAACAGAUUGAUAAGGCUCUGUUCCCGAUGAUUGAUAAUGCAGCUGCACCCAGUUCUCAUCACAAUGAUGAUCCAGUUUUGAACAAAGGAUCUAUAGGAACAGAAAGUCCAUCGCACUCCAAUGUAGAUAACACUUUCCUGCUAUCUGUCAAGUCAGCUGAAUUUGAUCACCAAACUAGCAGUCAUGUUGAUGCUAUCCCACAAAUGACAGGCCGUAUAACAUCAUCUCAAAGAUUCAUGGAUGCAACUGCUACUCAUGAAUCUGAACCGGCCUCCAAUAUGGUGUUCACUGUAGGUGGAAAAGAUGAAAACUUCCUUCCUGCUUCGUCAUCAGCUGAUGAGAUUACUCAGUACGACCAUUCUGUUCCCCGUCCAUCUAUUGGCCAAGAUUUUACUCCAACAGAUCAUAUUGUUCAGUCUGAACUAGAUCGUUCUAAAGAUGAUUUUGUGCAAAGAAUUUGCAAUUCUGAAAAUCUGCAGUCUGAAAAACAAGCACCUUCUGCAGUAUGCGUCAAUUUUACAGAAUACACAGAAGAGAAUGCUCCUGCAAAUGUUGUACCUGCGUCAAACAUAUCUUCAGUUCCAAAUGAGCCAAGUCCUUCUAUAAUUACCAACAAUGCGGGUCAACAAGACCAGUCACAACCUGGUGAAACUUUGAGAAACAGCAUGUCAAAUGAAAUGUCAAAUGAAGAUUCAUCAAUGAUGAAGAUUGUUGCUUCUGAGGUUCAACCUGACAUUUCUUCUGUUGUACCUUCUAAUACUAAUAUCAAUGACCCGGCUAAUCCGAAUACAGUUAAUCAGGCAGUUAGUAAUGCAUGUGCUCUUGAACAUGCAAAUCGGGAAUCAUCAAGUAUUGUUUUGCAUGAAGUACCUAGCCAACUCACUACGGUAGAAAUUGGUUAUGUAAUCAAAGAAACUGCCAUGAUUCCUGCAACCUCAACCCAACCUGCAUCUCAAGAAUUAGUUGAUACUCCAUCAGAUAUUCCUGCAUCCGAUGUUAUUCAGAAGCCAUUGGCUGAGCAAUUGGAGAAUCUCCAUCUGACCAAAAAUGACAUUCAAUCAAAGAAUGAUAUCGAAACUGCGCAUACUGAUGCCACUUCAAAACAGGUUCAAAUUAUUUCUUCCCCACCUUUAUCCCUUGAGAUAGCUUGUGAUGUUUCAAUUAUGUCUGUAAGUCAGAUGAGUAGGGAAUAUGAUAAUAUGAAGGUCCUGGAAAAUAUUACUAUUCAUACAAAAGAACAUACUGGUGCAUCUCCAGUUCCUGAGGAGGUUAUUCAGCCACAGCCCAGCACCUCCGGUUCGGAUGUUUUGCAGAAAGACCAUUCAUACUUACCUGCUGAUAUCCCCAAACCAAGCAGCGAACCAGAAGCUAUCACUUUGCUGCACAAUUUGGUUGAGGCAGACCACAGCAACUCCGGUUUGACUCUUCUUCAAAUCGACCAUUCAAACUUACCGGCUGCUCAGUCUAAACCAACCACCGAACCGUCACCUUUCACUUUACCAAUAGCUCAAUCGUCACCAAUGGAAUGCCAAGAAAUGGCUCAAUCUGAUAAAGAAGAACUUGACAAGUGUGUCGAAAUGAUUCUCUUUAUGAGUUCGGACAUGCCCAGCAAUAUGAAUGAGAACCAAGAAACUGCAGCCCAUGGAAAUGAGAACAACUUAGCCCUAAGUCAUCAUAUCAAGGAAGUGUUGACCGAAAACAUAGAACAAUCUUUUGCAUUAGCAGCAAUGCACACUCAGUGCACUGCAGGAGACGUAGAAUCAUCAUCUUCUCUUAGUACACAUGAAGUCUUUGCAGACCCAUCCCAAAUUGAUAUAACUGGACAAAAGGAACAUGAAUCCGAGGACCAUCCCUCCGACAAUUCAAGUGAAGCUGUAAGCUCUGAGCGCACUUGUCGGUGUACUAGAGUAGGGGUACCCUAGUAUCCCGAACUCGUGCACGGGCAGUUGCAGCACCCCGCGGCAAGGCUUGUCGGGUGACCGCCAAGACCCUCCGUGGAUCCCUU